UUUUCCGCUGCAGACCCGGACAGAGAGCAGCGCUGCGCCGGACGGACCCCGCUCACUGUCGGCACUGGGAACAGGGGGUCGGAGCGCCUGCGAGCGGAGCGCAUCAGCCGCACGGAGCGCAGGACGAGCAUCUCCUGGAGGCAGCGGGCCGAAGGAUAAAAUCACAUAUUACAAGAGCAAGAAGAAGAAGAAGAAGAAGAAGAAGAAAAAGAAAAAGAAGAACGAGUGCAGGACGCCCCGGAGGGUUAAUCCCGUAACAGGUCGGGUUUUCCAGGCAGGUGUAUCAUAUGUGGGAUUGUAUUGCCAGGACUGUCAGCUGAGUAUCUGAAGGUAAACUAUGACCACUUGGCUUUUACUCUGUGUGUAUUUGCGCAUAGCCGCAGCCACAAUAACCUUUGAAGAACUGUCAGGUAUAGACCCUGAGAGCACUCUGAGUGUAAGCAUCCCUGCGGAGACCCCACUGCGCUCCUUGCUGGGUGGAACGCUGGUCGUGCCCUGCUACUUCCAAGACAACACUGUCCAUGACCCCGGUGCCCCCACAAUUGCCCCUCUCUCCCAUCGCAUCAAAUGGAGCUAUGUGACCAAGGAUAAAGUGUCAGUCAUCCUGGUGGCCACAGAGGGCAAGGUGCGGGUGGAGUCACACUACUUAGACAGAGUCACCAUGGUGAAUUACCCCAUGGUGCCCACAGAUGCCUCCAUGGAGAUCACAGAGCUGCGUGCCAAUGAUUCCGGCACAUACCGUUGCGAGGUCAUGCAUGGCAUUGAGGACAACUAUGAUACAGUCCAGAUUCAAGUUCAAGGAAUUGUGUUCCACUAUCGAGCCAUCUCCACCCGCUACACCCUCACUUUCGAGAAGGCCAAGGCUGCUUGUAUCCAGAAUAGUGCUGUGAUUGCUACUCCAGAACAACUCCAGGCUGCUUACGAUGAUGGUUUUCACCAGUGCGAUGCUGGCUGGCUUGCUGACCAGACUGUUAGGUAUCCCAUUCAUGAGCCACGAGAACGUUGCUAUGGCGAUAAAGAUGAGUUUCCUGGAGUUCGAACAUAUGGAGUGAGAGAUGUCAAUGAAACCUACGAUGUGUAUUGUUUCGCAGAAAAGAUGUCAGGCAGAGUUUUCUAUUCCAUGUCACCGGAUAAAUUUACAUUUGCUGAAGCAGAGGAGCAGUGUUUGAAGCUGGGUGCUCAGCUGGCCACCACCGGGCAGCUGUACUUGGCUUGGAAGGCUGGCAUGGACGUGUGCAGUGCUGGCUGGCUUGCUGACCGGAGUGUCCGUUACCCCAUCAAUAUUGCCCGGCCUCAGUGUGGAGGGGGACUCCUUGGUGUACGCACUGUGUACCUCUACCCAAACCAGACAGGUUACCCUCUCCCAGAUUCCCGCUACGAUGCCAUCUGUUAUGAAGAAGAUGAGGAGGGUUCAGCCAUCACCGCUGCGCUCCCGGACCUGCAGCCAACAACCGAGGCAGGCAGCGGCCUGCUGAGUGUGGCCACCAUCACAGACGUUCCUGAGAUCUUCCCAAAGAAUGCCACCUCUGAGAGCGAGGCGGUUGGGGAGCUAGUGACACAGGAGCCAGUGAACUUCACAGUUACCGAGGGCAUGGAGAACAUCACCACUGACUUCAUCUAUGUAGGGGACAAUGUCACUGAACUGCCCCUGUCUCCGCCACCCAGUGUAACAGAGGACUACCUGAAUGUCACUGAAAUAAUAGACGAGGAAAUCAUCAUCCCAGCAACAGCUCAGCCUGAAGUGGAGGCAGUGUUUCCCCUUGACAAUGAGACUGAGCCUCUGCUGUCUGCCACAGGUGUUGUGUUCCACUACCGUGCCGGCUCCUCCCGCUAUGCCCUCACCUUUGUAGAAGCACAGCUGGCUUGUCAGAGUAUUGGUGCUGUCAUUGCCAGCCCCGAGCAGCUCCAGGCUGCCUUUGAGGCUGGGUUCCAUCAGUGUGAUGCUGGCUGGCUCCUUGACCAGUCAGUGAGGUACCCAAUAGUUUUUCCACGAGACAAAUGCUCAGGUGACAUGAAGGAGUUGCCCGGUGUGAGGAGUUAUGGCCUGCGACCGGCGUAUGAACGAUAUGAUGUAUAUUGCUAUGUGGACAGCCUAAAGGGGGAGGUAUUCCAUGUCAGUUCUCCAGAGGGCUUCACAUAUGAAGAAGCUCUGUCCCAUUGCCAUGGUCAGAAUGCCACACUGGCUUCCACAGGGGACCUCUAUGCUGCCUGGAAACUAGGCUAUGACAAAUGUCGGCCAGGCUGGCUGCUUGACCGCAGCAUCCGAUAUCCUAUUAACAAACCCAGGCCUCAGUGCGGAGGUGGAAAAGCAGGAGUCCACACUGUUUACAGCUCCACCAACCGGACGAGCUAUCCUGACCUGUACAACAAAUAUGAUGCGUACUGCUUCCGGGUUGAUCUGUUGGCGCUUCUCAAUGACACUGGACGGAAUAUAACUGGGAUUGAAGAGGAUCUGAUCAAUAUUACAUCAAUAACAGAUCUACAAAGACCAGUGAGCACUUCGAUUGCUCCUCCCAUCUCUGUCGAUGUCUCUGGCUUUGGGUCAGCAGACCUGGUCUCAGGAGAGAGUGGCAGCUCCCUAGAUGUUUCUGGGAUUGGAAGUGCAGAUUUUUCUGGUGUGGCAUCGGGUGAGAGCGGAGACGUCUCUGCUUCAGGCCUGAGCGGAGAAGGGUCAGCCAUUAGCAUGACUGAACUGGAAGACAAGAUGGUACUGUCUGGCAAUGGCUCGGUAUCUGAGGGGCCAGAAGAAGCUGGCCAGGGAAGCACUGAGAUCCUGACAUUCCCCUCUGGUAUAGGUUCAGGAGACUUCAGCGGACUCCCUUCAGGCUGGAGUGGGGACCUGUCAGGGGAUGGCAGCAUCUCAGGGUUGGGCACUGAGGAAAGUGGCUCCUCCAUGUUUAGUGCCUCUGGUGAGAGUGGAGAAUUCUCAGGACUGGUGUCUGGGUCAGACUGGAGUGGGGAAAUUCCUGGAUACAGUGGGUUACCAUCUGGAUUCUUCCCCUCAGGAGAUAUCAGUGGUUUGUCUGGAGACCUUGAUGGUAGUGGGGAUUCUGUGAUCAUUUUGGAAGAUGGCAGUUUGGUAGAAAUAUUGACCUCAAGUACGACUACAGAGGAGCAAAUUAAAGAACAGGUGGAAUUCAGUGCUUCUGGAGACAUCUCCGGAUCUGCAAUGCCCAGUGGUGACGUCAGCGGUUUAGCUUCUGGAGUCAGUGGCUCUGCAUCUGGAAGUGGACUUGACUUGCUUGAUGUGACCUUUGUGAAUUCUGGUUUCGUCGACAUAACAAGGAAGCCAACAAGAGAGCAGGAAGCUUCUGGAUUUGUUGAUUAUACUUCAGAGGAUAUCAGUGGACUUCACUCCGGGUUUUCCUCUGGUUAUCCUUCUGGGGAAUCCGGCCUCCCAGACAUAAGUGGAGUUUCUGGGCUUCCAUCAGGGGAGGCCUCAGGUGCAUCUGCCAGUGGGGACAUUACUCUGCUGACUGAUGAGGGGAUGAUAGAAGUCUCCAUUGCUCCCACAAGAACCAUGGAGCUCGGCAAGGGCCCCGUGGAGAUUAGCGGUGCAGGCAGUGGAUCUCUAUUUCUGUCUGGAAGUGGGGACCAGGCCAGUGGAGUCGCAUCAGGACUGGGCUCAGGAAUGAAGCCUAGCGAACUCCCGUCCGUGGUCUUGUCCUCUCAGUCUGCAGAUCAGAAACUGACCAUCAGCAGCGCAGGCCCAGAGGAGGCCUUCUCAGAGUUGGUGGAAUCCACUGCUGAAUAUUAUAUCACAGCUCCUGUCCCUCUCGCUGCCACCACAGCCCCAGCUGUCUCUCUUCAGACUCCAGCAGUUAUGGAGGAACCUGCAUCAGUAGAUGCUCCUGUUGAUCCGUGUGAUCCGAAUCCAUGUGGCGGUGGCACAUGUUCUGUGCAGGAUGGCAUUGGGGUCUGUCAGUGCCCGACUGGUCUGACUGGAGAUGCGUGCCAGUUUGAUGUACAAAGCUGCGAAAAAGGCUGGGAGAAGUUCCAAGGCAGCUGCUACUUGCACUUCUCAGAACGAGAGACCUGGCUGGAUGCAGAGCAGCGCUGUAGAGACCUGAAUUCCCACCUUGUCAGCAUCCUCACUCCAGAAGAGCAGGACUUUGUAAACUCCAAUGCGCAGGACUACCAGUGGAUUGGACUCAAUGACAAGAUGGUGGAGAAUGACUUCCGCUGGACUGAUGGGUCCCCCAUGCAAUUUGAGAACUGGAGGCCAAACCAGCCGGACAACUACUUUAACUCUGGCGAAGACUGCGUGGUGAUGAUUUGGCAUGAGAACGGCCAGUGGAAUGACGUACCCUGCAUGUACCACCUACCCUUCACAUGCAAGAAGGCUUCAGUGUUGUGUGGCCCCCCUCCGGAGGUGAAGAAUGCUAGAAUCUUCGGGAAACAGAAGGAAAUCUAUGAAGUGAACUCCAUGAUCCGCUAUCGGUGCAAUCCUGGGUUCACACAGCGCCACCUGCCUCUGGUGCGCUGCAUGGCAGACGGGCAGUGGGAGAGACCGCAAGUCCAGUGCAUAGGCCCAAUUGGCGGCAGCCACAGUCUACACAAAAGAUCCAUCAGGAGUCGAUCAAGAUCAGGCAGCACCAAAUCUUGGGGGAAGCUCCGCUAAACAGGAAAGGAUACAAAACUGAGAAAUCUAAAAAGAGAAAUAUUUUAAAAGAACAAAUUUAUAAGAAUUGAUUUUCCGUCCGGAGCAAAAAAGAGAUUGUAACGUAAGAGUGCCCACCUUGUAUAUACAAACACCAAAGCAAGUUAGACAUAAUUCUGUAGUCCAUUUGGCUGAUUUAUGGGUUUCUUAGUGUCGCUCUGUGCCUUGGUUGAGGGGGAUAACGUCAGUAAGGAUUUCAACAGGGUUUUGUUCUCCUUGUGCCCGACACACUGAAAGACCUUGAUGUUAUGAACUCGUUUUAUUGUUUCUGUGAUUUUUCAUUUCCGGUAUUGUUGCCCAACCAAAGAGCUUGAGGAUUGUGAGGGAGCAUAAGGUGGAUCUCGCCGCUUAGUUUUAGGCCCCCCUCGCCAACCAGUGUGGGUCACAACUGUUUCAUUUACUUUUGAUAGUAGCAUUUACCAGCUAUCCUGGCAGUGGUUCCCAGACGCCCGGAUAUAAAUAUUUCAAGGCUAGCUGGCAUUCUGCGGCACAUCGCCUGCCACCACGCUGUGAAAUAUAACUAAGCAUCUAUAAAACGCCGCAUUUCCAGUCCCUGUAGAGAAAAAAAGGCUGUUAGAAGUUAAUGUUUUCAUCCUGCCAGUCUGAAGGUGUGUGUUAGACUCUGUGUUGGCAAAAUCUUAGAAAGGAGCUGGAGAAUAACUUGAGGAAUUUUUAACCCAUUCGAAAAUGAUAAGAAUAAUCUUGCAAUUUCCUGUACAAAAAAACACAGCUCGGGGUUAAAGGUAAACCAGCUUGUGUACUGCAUUAACCUAUAUAGCAAAACAGUUUUGAAUCAAUAAAUUCCUAUUUGAAAAUCAAAUGUAUAUGUCAGGGGUGGGAGGGGGAGGCAUUGGGGAAACCUGGUUUAAGUAAUCUCAGCCAUCAAGGAGCUGGCAGGAAGGACAUAAUUUCCUACUGACUGCUCGGUAUUUCUGGAAACAGGUAGGUCUGCAUAAUGUGAAUAUAGAAUUAUUUAUUUUCUCGCUGUGCCGGGGUCUGACCUGCACGUGGACUGGCGGCCCCCUGCACUCUGCUGAGCCUGGCAAAGCCCACCACCCCGGCAUAGCCCACUCCCGUAGUUGCCACGGCGACGCUGAACGUUAGGAGCAGAACGAGCCGUUCCGAGCGGUCCGUUGGUCGGUCAGCACGAACCGUGCCCCCGAACCCCAAACCCCGAGGGCUGUGCAGUGCACAGUGUCUCUGUUGGACUUACUGCAAGUGUGAAUGCGCUUACAGCAGCUGCCUUCUCUCCUGUCCCUCUCUGGGAGUAGCAGCUCAUAUCAGCUUCCCACGGGCGACGGGCUGCUUGUGUCACCCGAACCUUGCUGACGGGUUGAACGUCGGCAAGCGCGCGAAAAAAUCUCACAGUAAUACUCUUGCGUGUGUCGUACCGUUUAUCUUCUCGGCGGUUUGUGGGGGGCAGGGCCCCCCAAAUGCCCUGCGCUCUUUUAACUCUAGUUGAUUCACUUCAUUCUCACCUUUGGGAAGUAAAACGAGUAAGGAAUUAGAAUAGCGCUACAGUCCUGCUGCGUCCUCCUUGUCUGUCCUAUGAGUAAAUGGACUAGCUGUGUGUGUUUUCCCCCCGCUGCGCCUUCUGUCGACAAAGGAGUGACACAGAGCGCUCCCGCGUAAGGUCCCGACACACUCCUUUUCCACACGCGCUCCCGUUGUGAACGGGGCUUCCUGGCCGUAGCCACGCAUGCCUAGACCUGCAGGUUAACGGGAGGUGCGACACACGCAAGGGGGCAAAAUCGAGGGGCAGCUGCUGUAACAAAAGUUCUCAUCCCGCCACCUUGUCGGGCCAGUAUGGCACAGCUGGCGUCUGUCAGAGCUCUACAGAAUGCAGACGUGCCCCAGAAAUAUGGAGAGACGGACCAUUUCUGUUUGAAAAAUUGUAUCACAAUUUGCUCAAACAUCGCAAAUGAAGCCAAAUAAAACAUUCUGUACUUUAUGUCUUAUUUAAUUUCACCUUCUUGUGCGCCACGUGGACACGGAGCAGCG